GGCGUGGCGUCAGCGCGGGCGGCAGCGGCGCGCCAUGGGCAGCCUGGAGCAGCGGGUGGUGUUCGGCCUGGACCCGGCCGAGGCCGACCGCUGGUGGGGCGGCCUGCAGGAGGAGCCCUGGCCGCCGGCCGAGGCGGGCCGCCGCCGGUCGCCGCCCGGUCGCUGCCGCUGCCGUCUCACCCGUUGGACGCUGCUCUGGGUGCCGCUCUCGCUCUGCCUGGUGGCGCUCUCCCUGUACGUGGCCGUGGCGCCCUACUGGAUCGUGCGUCACGUCGAUGUCGGCGACGCAGAUAACGACUCUCGUACGCUCGUCCCUGGUGAUGACUCCGACGGUGCGUCGGAGUCGUUGCGCAGCUCACUGGGCCUGUUCCGGCGCUGCCGGGCCGGCCAGCCGUGCCGCACAUUCAGCACGGCUCACCUGCUGCGCUGGCGCCAGCUGCCUGGCCUCUGGCUGACGGCCGCCUGCGUCAGCGCGCUGGCCACGCUGCUGGCCGCCGUGGCCGCCGCAGCCGCCGCCGCCAGCUGCUGCACCCGCGUCUGCGGCUGCGUCAACAUCUACAAGACGGCCGGCACGCUGAACAUCCUGACAGUCUUGUGUCACGUGGUGGCGGCAGUGGUCUACCCCAUAGAUUGGGGGUCGGCCGUAGUGAAGGACAUGUGCGGUGACAAGGCGGAAGCGUUCGUGCUCGACCAGUGCUCCAUAGGCUGGUGCGUUUACGCGCUGAUGCUGGCCACGCUGCUAAACAUGGCCUGCGCCGCCCUGGCGAUGAAGAUCGACGCCGCCACGCCCGAGUAUGUCGAAUACGGCGGUGUCAAGUCCUAGUCAGGACCUGCGUGCCGACCGGUCAGGUCAGGUCAGGUCAGGUCAGGUCAGGGUCGAGGGCGACUCACGGCGGGCGCCGGACAAGCUGCAGAGGUGGUGAUCUCAGACAGAGUCUGGCGCUGCACGUCCGUCGCCGCCGCUGGGGGGAAACCUCCGGAAGGCUGCGGAGUGGACCCCAGCACGCGGGAAUUUCCGCUCGUCACGGCCGUGUGUCCGGCAGAGAGUGGCGCCGAGUCGGUGUAUCAGGCCGCCGAGUCGUGUAGCUGAACUUCCGACUCACGGAGUCACUCACGGAGUCGGACCAUUUAUCAUGGACUAAUCCCUGAAUCAUGCACGGUGCACGAGCAAGAGCAAGCGUGCAAUCACAGGCAUCCGCCGCUGGCAACAUUGCUGCUUCAUGCACGACGAGAUCAAGCCCCCUCCGACCACCCCGUCCCCUAAGCUGUAACCGAAACUCUUCGCACUGGCGGUCACCACCGCCGGCCGGGCUGCCUGCCGUCCCGCUAGAAUCUCAGAGCGCCGUUUCAGGCUGGGGAGAAGGUACCGGACCGGGCCCGGCACCUCACCGCCCAGGCGACCCGCCCGCGCGGCCGCCUCUCAUGUGUGACGCACGCGGUGGGCGUGGGAUGUGUGAGGCGCCAGGCGACCUCUCCAUCGCGCUGGUACUCAUGCGGACCGCGCUGGGCGGCGCUCGUCGCGAGCGCGUGCCUGAGGGGCGGAGCUUGGUGCCGCUUUGAGCGGUGGGCCCGGGCCGGCGUGCCUUUGUGCAGCGAUGAGCGCUGGAGUUAAUUCACGUUGCUUGAGCGUGCUUGACUGCGACGAGCGCCACCCGCAGCGGACGCUGCGCAUGGGGAUGGCUAGUCGCCGUCUUGUAGCCAUCUCGCAUUGAUGAAAAACAGGGCGGCAGCGAAGCAACAGCGUCCCAAGAAGUGCGGCUUACCAAGCGUGACGGGGGAUACAUGGGAUGUGAGCGUGUCUUAUGGCCUGGGCUUCGUCGACACCGCCUUUGUGAUUUUGCGCGUGGUGUUGUUGAGGGUUCCGCAGGCCCUUGCUUCGGAGCAGGGCCUGAAGAGAGUGCGGGCAAUAGGGGCAUCCUGCCAGUGCGAUGCACGGGGACGCGAGUGGUUAAGGCGGCUUGGGCUUUUGUCAUGUCUUUAGAGCCUGUUGGACGUGAUGCAGGCGGUACUGACACCAUCAGUAGUAAGAAUACGGUGCGAUCAGUGACUUCAGAGGACGUGCCUUGUCUCAACGGGUUCUCGAUUGUUGAGAGGAGCGAACAAGGACGGAAGAAAUGGUGGGCAGGCUGUGUGGUCUCGCGCAUCAGCAGACGUGUCAAGGCAGUGAGCGAAAGACGGUGAGUGGAAAGCGUGUUACGGCGAAGGCGGAAUGCAGGCGCCCCAAACCAUCAAUAGACCCCCCGUCGAAGGAAUCUUGCCGUCUUCCCUGCGCAUUGUUCGUCUGUGUUUGUUUGCUUCUCCGAGAUGUGAGGCUUCUUUGUAUCGGAAUUGAGUUCAUCGAUUUUUUUGACGUUUUUUAAAUAAGCAACUGAUCUUAGAUACCGUGCGACGUGUUCCCAAAAUAAACAAGUGUUCACGGUUGUCAUGUUCGACU